UACCCAUAAUUCCCAGACCGAUAACAAACUCAGGGUCAAAGGGCGAUCGGGAGUCGAAACCGUUUGGUUAUUCGACUUAAACAUGGCCUCAGACGCGUCAGAAGUGCCCUCAACUUCAUCAGGGGACCAGAGGGAUGAUGGGACCCACUUGGCACCCACAAGUCCAGAUACAGGUGUCCCAGCUGACCCAAACCGUGGCAAAGACUCCUUAAAAGCCACAACAGAGUCAGCAGGACGAGAUGAAGAAGGAGUCGGCGUGUGCCAGUUUUUCCUGAUGGGAAAGUGUCAUUUUGGCCACAGAUGUCGUUUGUCUCACAGUGACCCAUCCAUAGAUGAUUCAGUUGCUGUCACUCCUGACCAGGAUGACAAACAGGAUGGAGAAAAGACAGACAAGAAGAAGAAAGGCAAAGUGAACAUAGCAACGAAGCCAAAAGACAACGAGGGAAAAGAUGUGAGCAAAAAGCCUCGCAUGCGGACAGCAGAUGAUGUUAUCUCUCGGAUCCUGUGGGACCCAUCAGUGGAUGCCUCCCAAUUUGUAGUGGGGUAUGUGGAUCGCUUCCUCGGCGUACUGGAGCGUCCCUUCUCUGACUUCAACUGGGAUACCGACCCUUGUGACUGCGAUUACACUGCUGAGCUUGCCCUUCCCAGACACAGGAUCCAGUACUUCACCUACAGAGGGCACCGCGUCUGGGACCGCCACACCAGGACUGACAGGGUGUUUGGCUCCACUGGUCAAUCUCUGGCUCCCCCCUUUGGAGGGGAGGAGGAAGUAGAGGAAAUCCACACAGAAGACCAAGAACAACAACAGAGACUGAUUUUGGAACAAGACAGCCUUAAAGCAACAGAAGACCAGCCACCUGCUGUCAGUGGGCAGGAAGAGAGUGAAACAGAGGAGUGUACUCAAACUGAGAACACACAUCUGGAGGAAGAUAAGCAGAAUGAGAUGAAUAUUCACACCCCUGACUCAGCACAAACAGCUCCAAAGUGUAGACGCAAAGCUUCUCAGGAACAACAGGACUCACAAGGAGCAUGUGCUGUGGAGGAGGCUGAAAAUAGACUUGGAGUGUCAACAGACCAAAUGUCCUCGUCCCAGAAAGACGGAGCGGGCGUAGAAGAGGAGGGUAAGGAAGAUGCUUUGGAAGAAUGGGAAGAAAGCUGGGAAGGCAAAGAGGAUUCUUCGAGUUAUCUUGGAGCCCUGAACAUCAGCCAGAAUCCAUCGGCACCUCUGGAGCAGAGAGAAGAGAAGCGUGGUGGUCAGUCCUCUAGAAGACGACCCACGCACUUCAUCACCUUCAGGGCCAACACUCCUGCUAUCCUCACAUGUUUCCAACGGCUGCGGAAGGAGCUCACCACCCUCAUCCCGUCCUCUGCCCCUCACUGGCAGGACGCCUCCAAACUUCAUGUCACUAUGUGUCUCCUGAACCUGCAGGGCCCAGCUGAAGUAGCUGCUGCUGCGAAGAUCCUGAGGUGCUUUGCCCAUUUGGAUCGCAACCCUCCAGUGGCUUUGACCUUCCCCGUGAAGCUGAAACAUUUCAACGGGAAGGUGCUGUACCUGAGUCCUCAGCCUCUGCCUUACCUCCAGCAGCUCAACAGCGGCCUGCAGGAGGCCUACAGGAAGGAGGGCUUGCUCCACAAGGAUUCCUACAAGCCACGCUACCACCUCACACUGGCAAAGGUAGACAGGGAUGGAGGAAGGAUUUUUGAAGGGGUGGGUGGCCUGAGGGUGGGUAAGGGUUUAAAUUUUGGCCGUCUACCAAUAAACACCUUGCACCUUUGUAGCGUGGGCGGUUCCAACGUAGAUGAUUUUUAUGAGACCGUGUGCAUGGUAAAUCUCUGAUACAAGAUGAUAGAAGACAGCGCAUACUAUACACAUACAGUACAUGUUGACACCUCACAUAAGACUGGGUGUAAUACUUCUGAGCAGGAUUUGCACUGAUCAUGUGGCCUUAUCUGUUUUUUUAUCUUGUACGUUUUUAACUUUAUUCACUUAAGAUGCACUUUUAAAAAUAAUAUGGUAAAGGGGAUUUUUAUUGGAGGACCUGAAGGUUGUAAAAUUAAAUUUGAUGAAGGGCUGCAGGACAGUGGCAAACACACCACCACCUUCAGUUAUACUAAACUAUAUUAAGAUGUAAAAAGAUAUAAUGGUUGCACUUCACUUAAAUUAUAGAAUGAUAAAAAAAUAUUUGAAAUUUUUUAAUGAAUCCAUUUUAUUCUGUGACAGGCAGCUAUUAUAUGUCAUAUUGAUAUGAUGAGAAAUGAAUGUAGCCUUUACAAAUUAGAUGAUGCAGGCUGAUACAAUAGAUCCAGAUAUUUACUUUACCCGGCAAAAAACAUAAAACCUAAAAACAGUUUGGGUAAUUUCCCUUCAUGGUUUUUUUUAGUUGUUCCUUUUAGUUGACCGAAAUUAAAAAUACACCACUAAACAUCAGCCAAAUUGUACACACAUAGAUAAUUUAGAAUUUGUGUAGUUGUGUCAAAUCGGUCUUCGGGGGCCUGGACCACACGGCAAGUUCCCAGGAUGUCUUUUUGUUAUUUGGCUUCACUGAACUUAAUAUUUUCCGUCCAGAUAACCAGAACUAGGAAGCUGGUUAUCAGCUAGCUCAGGCAACUCUAGGUUUUCAAGCUACAAGUCUGUUGUGUGAAAGAGGCGGGGUUUUUAAUUACAAGCAAAUUCCUCAGAACUAUAAAUGAGGUACUUCAUAUGAUACGAGAUGAAACAGUGAUAGAAAGUACCUGUGGAAAUCUAAUGCUUUAGGGACAGAAAAAAGUUAUAUUUAACGAAGUGGAAUGUAAACAAGCCUGUAAUCAUACAACAGAAUAAGAAGAUGCAGAAACACAAGAAAUAAUUUCACAACAUAUUAAAAGUAGGAUAAUAAGGCUUAAAAUACAUGUAGGAAUUAUUAUAUAUGACUGAUGGCUCUUCAGUUAGAUGAUGAAGAAACUAUCUGAAUAUGUCACAUAAAAAAAACUUAAAAGUAACACCAGACUGUUUCUGCUACUGAAGCAAAGAGAGGAAAUGUA